GUCGAUUUUACCUCAGAUUACUUCUGGGAGGAAGUCGCAGCGACCGGAGAGAGAGAGAGAGAGAGAUGGGAGGAGGACAUGGAGGAGACGGACCGAGCACAACAUACAAGGGUUUAACAUUGCCUCACCCUAAGCGAUGGCAUACUCUCACUGGAAAGGGCAUGUGUGCUAUGAUGUGGUUUUGGGUUUUCUAUAGGGCUAAGCAAGAUGGUCCUGUAGUCUUGGGUUGGCGACACCCUUGGGAAGGCCAUGAAGAUCAUGCCGAUGACCAUGGGCAUGGCCACGAGGCAUCCCAUUGAGAAGCUGAAACUGGUAAGCAUAUGGUGCUCUGCCAGUGUGUUGCUGUUAUGACCGAAUAUGUUGAACAUCUUUGCUGAAUUGUGUUCAAUAAAGUGAUAGUGAAGAUAAUUUGUCGGGAACAUGAUGUAUUUUUACUGCUGUCCAGACUCUUGUUGACGUACUUGCUCAUGAGUAGCUACAGUACUCUGUCUUGUUUAUUUUCUUGAGAAUCAUUUCUAUGGAAAUGGUAUGAACUUGUAAAAUCAUUGCUAUAGAAGUAUGCGCAACAAGAUACCUUAUAUUUUCA